UGUUGCGGCCCAUCUGACUUGUCUGUAGUCUACAAUCCCCAAGGUUCCACGUCUUCUGCGUCAGGUGUCGAAAGUCCGAGGCACUCCUUCGAGCAGGCCGUACAGGAUUUGCGACGUACACCGCCGCAGCCAUCCAUCACUGCCGAGGACUUGCGGCAGCUGGUAAGUAUGUUUGCUGACUUUGUUAUCGGCUCACUAAUGCGCUGGGCCAGACUUUGCUUCGCGACGACCACUCGUGUGUCUUCACCUCGGCUCAGCGCGCUCUGAUCACGCGUUAACUUCCGCUCUUGGAGUGAGGGCUGAUACGUAGACAAGGAUGGCUCACAUCAUUAGUCAACCACUGUCGGAGAACAUUACUGGAAACAUUCCAGCGGUGCGCGCGAAGUUCAAGUGGGCGAGGAUUGCUGGAGCGAUCAUUGAGCGUCUUGGAAACUUCUCUUGCCGCGACUUUCUUGGCGACAAUGUUCUUAACAGGCCCCUGACUGUGUUCACAGCCGCAACUGCACCGCAUGUAAAAUAUGGCAAACUCGAUCUAUGGCUGACGGCGGUAGAAGACGGGGAAGGAGAAGUCAUACCCGAUACCUAUGAGGUGCAGUAUCGUUGGGGCGAGCAGUUACGCCUCGCGAUUGGUGUCAAAAUCAGCUUUAGAACUGCGAUCAUUGACAACACACCCAUUCCACCGCCCCAUCCCUGUCUCAUCGCCCUCCAUGCUACUUGUGCCAGGAUCGCUCAUAUGUCUGGCGCUGCGGAACAUCUGCACGAGUGCUUUCGGGAAACUGACAAUAUCUCGGCCAUGACUGAACCGACCGCCGUGUACGAACUGACGCGCUCUGAAGACACUGCAGCUCGUUUCCCCGACGGUUUGACGUGGUCAUUAGGGUGUCACCUUCGCCAUCUUUCUGUGUCCUGCGACCGUCGUUACGCAGAUAGUACUUUAACAGGAAGCACACGAGGAGUGAUGAUGGUAUAGCGAGGAGUUAUAGUAGCUAGUAACGUAAGUAUUGGUCCUAUUAAUGAU